CCCCCCCCCGGAGUUUGGGAACCCAUGCUUUAGAUGUUACAAGUAUUUUAGGGUCUGCAGAGUUUAGGGCCUGGUAGAACUGCCCCCCCUUCAGCUCUGAUUGUGGGAGGAGUUAUUUUAAGGCAACCAGAUGUCCCAUUUUUAUAGGGCCCAUCUCCUGACGUUCGUGUCCCACUUAAAAAAAAAACCCCACACUUUCUCUCUAGGUACUCUACGUGUGUUGAUAUCCAGAACUGAAGAUUCGGGCGACAAGCAGAGCCACAGGAGUGUCCGGGGACAGGCGUGAUAAGGAAUGUCUGGGCGGGGAAAGAAAAAUGUGGUGGCUGCAAAACCUGCACUUCCGUCAAGAAAAAGUAAGACAGCAAGGGCUGGCCUGCAAUUCCCUGUGGGACGUAUCCACCGGCUUCUCAAAAGAGGGAACUAUGCUGAGAGAAUAGGGGCUGGAGCUCCUGUUUACCUGGCGGCCGUGCUGGAGUACCUGACAGCUGAGAUACUGGAACUGUCAGGAAAUGCUGCCCGUGAAAACAAGAAAAGCAGGAUUGGGCCACGGCACAUCCAGCUGGCUGUGCGGAAUGAUGAAGAGCUAAACAAGCUGUUUGCGGAUGUGACCAUUGCUGAAGGAGGAGUUAUGCCCAACAUUAUUUCCCAGCUUCUUCCCAAGAAAACACUUAGAGAUCCUCUAGAAAGUGGGGAUCCUGCUGCUUCCCAGGAAGAAUCCAGUAACUAUUGACCGCCUUUGUUUGUGUGGGUUUCUGUACUUGCUGACUAGUGACUCUUGUUUGUCCAUUCUCCUAUAUAUGUUAACACUGCUAAAUAAGA